ACUGUCUGCGUGAACUUUCGACUUCUCAUCCUUAAACGGGCUUGAAGUCUUUAGCUUUACAUGUGUACUAUUUAUUAACUUCUUUUCUAGUUUGAUGCAAGCAUUGGCUUUACGAUCCAAAAUUGAAAAGUUUAACUGAAUAAUGAGCAAAGCUGUCAAAUCAGGAACGGCUAAGCCAGGCUCGGAGGUUGUGAAGCAAGAAGAUGUUAUCGUAGCUAUUUUAAUCGCGGAUAGUUUCAGUAUACGCUUCGCCCCCGUCACCGAUUUGAAACCCAAGGCACUUCUUCCUCUGGUCAACAGGCCAAUGAUUGAUUAUGCCUUGGAAUCUCUACUUCUAAGUGGAGUCCAAAAAACAUUUGUGUAUUGUGUAGCACAUGCUGAUCAGAUUCGAUUAUACCUCAGAGAAUCCAAAUGGAUGAGAGCUGCAUCUCCCAUGUCGAUUGAAGUUAUUUCUCAGAGCUCUGAUGAUUGCCGUUCUCUUGGAGAUUCUCUGCGAGACAUUGAUGGAAAGUCCUUGAUUAGAGGAGACUUUAUACUGGUGUCUGCUGAUGUAGUAUCAAAUGUACAACUAAUACCUAUACUAGAAGAGCACAGGGAAAAGAGGAAAACUGACAAAGGGAUUGUCAUGACUCACAUCUUUAAAAAAUCUUUCUUGGGCCAUCGGUCGCGUUCAGCAGAAGAAGAACUCGUCUUAGCCAUCAAUCCCACAAACGGACGUAUAUUAAACUACCAGCAAUCUAAAAAUCUGAAGAAACUUAGUUUCCCCUUGGAAAUGUUUAAGGAGCAUGGCCUUGUUGAUUUGCGCUAUGAUUUGGUAGAUACGCACAUUUCGAUCUGCUCGCCAGUAGUUUUACCACUCUUCUCUGACAAUUUCGAUUACCAAACGUGGGGAGAUUUUGUCCGCGGUAUCCUUAUCAAUGAAGAAAUUCUCAACAACACCAUAUAUUAUCAUCAGCUGGAAGGAUCAUACGCAGCACAUGUGUCAAAUAUCUCUAUGUAUGAUGCUGUAAGCAAAGACAUAAUUCAACGGUGGACAUAUCCACUUGUUCCCGAUUUAAAUCGGAGUGAAAUAACUCCUAGGCACGCUUUGUCUCGUCACAAUGUCUACAAGCAGCCAGGCGUCACCUUGGGCAAGGAAAGCGUUUUAGAGAUGGAUGUUGUAGUAGGAGAAAACUCCGAAAUAGGAGAACAUACAUUUGUGACACAGUCGGUUAUUGGCAAGCGUUGCAAAAUCGGAAACUACGUACGUAUCAGCAAUGCGUACAUUUGGGAUGAUGUCAUUAUUGAGGAUGAAUGUCAUGUUGAAGUAGCCCUCAUUGCUGACGGUGUUGUGUUAAAGAAAGGAGUCGAAUUGGGUCAUGGUUGCGUCCUAGGACCUGGAGUUAAAUUAGCUCCGGGUACAAAGAUUCCUGCCAAUACACGUUUGAUGGCUACUCCUCCCAAACUGGAAAACGAUUUUGAAAGUUCUGACGAAGAAGAAGAAAACGUACCUACACCUGUAAGUGCUGACAGCAUCGGCUAUGUCUACCAUCGCCCUAUUGAAGAGGAUUCGGAUGCAGAAUCUUUAGUCGAUGAACUGUGGGGCUUAGAAAUUGAAGACGACACAGAGAGUGAAGAAGGUGAUGAAGAUGAAGCUGAUAAUGAUGAAGAUGAAGAGCACGAAGAAGACCUGGAAGUUGGAGAUCUGCCCGAGGACAUGAAUGCAAGAUCUUUCUACAAUGAAGUCUUGGAGAGUUUGCAGAGGGGCUAUGAAGAAAAAAUUAAAGGCGAUAAUUUGGUGCUUGAGAUCAACUCCUCUAAAUAUGCUUAUAAUGUAACAAUGAAAGAAGUCAACAUGCUCGUCGUCAAAGCUAUGCUUUCCUUACCGUUGGUCAUGACAAAGAAGGGUGGUUCUGGCACGAAUGAUGACUGGGCUGCGCUACGACCGAUCUUGCAGCAUUUCCUACCUGUUCUUAGAAAUUAUUUGAAGAAUAAUCAGUCGAUGCUGGAUUCUUUAGAAGCUCUAGAAGAAUAUGGAGUUAAUAACCCUCAAUUUGCUAAAAUUACUUGCAAAGUUCUUCAUUAUUUGUAUGGGGAAGACGUGUUACAUGAAGACGCAAUUCUGGAAUGGCAUGCCAAUCCGCCAAACGAUCCCAGUGCAAUGACUACCAUUCGAAAGAUCGUGGAACCAUUUAUUACCUGGUUAGAGGAAGCAGAAGAGGAGUCUUCUGAUGAAUCAGAUUGAAAGCUUCACAACUGGCCGCUUCUUCUGAGAGAUGUAAUUAAGUACAAUAUGUUCAAGGAUCAUUUUUUUUUUCUAAAAUCUCACUGCUACACAUUGUAUAGUGUGAAAGCUGAUAAAUCGAUAAUAAUGGGUUAGUACUAUGAUAUGGUGAAAUCUUCGGUAAACAAGUGUACUUGAAAUGUCUUUAACAAGAAAUGCCAGUUGAGUUCAUUCUCGACGUAAAUGAAUGGCUGUUGACCU